UGAGCAGGCAACACUAUGGGUUCAGAUUCUUGGUCGCUUGCUAGAGUUUGUGUCUCCAAAAUCUUGGUCCAACUUUGUGACGGUGCCCUGAAGAUCCUAGACUGUCAAAAGUGCCGGACAUAGUCCCUACAUGUUUUGCAGCAUACCCUGUUUUCCAACCAAGGUACAAAUGGUUGAUUGUACACACUUGGCGAAAAGAGAAGGGGGCGGGGGACGGACAAAUGGCAUCAUGAACUGGGCACUGUUCUAUUAGUUGCCUGUCAUCCUUUUCAUUAGCUUGGGCCCUGUAAGGAAUUAUCUUCUUGCUGCUCCAGAUUGCUGUUGAUGUUAACCAACAUUUGUUAACGUUUCAUAAGCAGUGACCAUAUUGAUAUAAGGCUUGCGAAUGGGCAUUUACAAAGGCGUGCGGAUCAGAUAGUUUUUGUUUGUACUGAAGCAGAUAUUUACAAUAUCUUCACCUCGUUGUUAAAUGAACACCUAAAAAAAUUUUCAUGAAUGAAGGAUGGUUGGUUAAUCUGUCUAUCAGUUCUCCCAGUUCUGAUGUCAUAAUUUGAAUCCGGUGGUAAUGCUUGAAUUGGUAAACCCAGCGAGUUGUAUGUUGAAUAGGCAUGGGCCUAGCUUAUUAUGCCAAUCUUAGAAAGCCCAAACAGCAUACCUGGAACUCUCCAUGUCCAGCCGGACGGCCGCUGAUGCGCGCCAAAGAGGAGGAGGAAAAGGGGAGGCUCUCAUUCUUUCUUGUAGGGAACGGAAAAAGAAACAGUCCGAGUUCUUUUAUUAUCAAAAGAAAGAUCCUAAUUGUUCUUUUCAUUUUUCAAAUAUAUCCAAAAUAUAUGGACAUGUCGACUUACCCAAACAGCGUAACUCUCACGGCUCCUGGAAUGAGAAAUCGCAGCAAGCGAACGGACGGCCUCCAUCUUCUCAACCGUUAGGAACCGCGGCAAAAGCCCCCUGCGUUUCCGAACUUAGAUUCCACCACGUGUUUCCAUUGCUUGGCUGUCCCUUUUGUCGUGUCGUGUUGGCGGCGGGAGGGGCUCCCCUUAAGCGUGCACCAGCGAGGCCCCUUUCCCUUUCGAUUAUUGGGUAGGGGGUCCUAGGGCAGCCAGCCAGCUCUGACGGAGGCGGAGGGGGGAAUAUCUCCUCCGUCCCCUUCCAGAUUCUGGAUUUUUUUUUUUUUUUUGGUUCCGGUUCUCUCGGCUCUUCUAGGGGUGGGCAGCCAUGGGGUGCGUCUUCUCUUCGAGGUCGACUUCUUCGGACGAGAGCGGGGUUCCGGUGGUGCUGAACAUCUACGAUCUAACGCCGUUGAACAACUACAUGUACUGGUUUGGCCUGGGCAUCUUCCACUCGGGGAUCGAAGUUCAUGGUUUAGAGUAUGGAUUUGGAGCCCAUGACUAUCCAGCAAGUGGUGUGUUUGAGGUGGAGCCAAAAAACUGUCCUGGAUUCAGCUAUAAAUGUUCUAUUUCAUUGGGUCAUGUAAAUAUGCCUCCCUCUGAAUUUCGGGCAUUCAUAGAAAACAUGGCUGCAGAUUACCAUGGUGACACCUAUCACCUCAUUUCCAAAAACUGCAAUCACUUUACAGAUGAUGUUAGCUUGAGGUUGACAGGAAGACCAAUCCCUGGUUGGGUUAACCGGCUUGCCCGACUAGGUACUGUUUGCAAUUGUCUUUUACCUGAAAGCCUCAGACUACCAGCUGCUAAACAGAUCUCGGAGUACCAUGGCUUCUCAGAAGAUGUCUCCGAAUCAUUUUCAUUCAUUACAACAACCACACAUGACCUUAUAGAAAGUGAUGAUGCGGACCAAGACAAACAUCUUCUCUCACCAUCUUCAGACAGGGAGGUGACUUCGGUCAAAGAGCUUGACAGGUGAAAUGUUGAUCAGCCUUCCAUUAGCCAUCAAGUUCCCAGUUUUCGGGCGGCAUUGUACCAUUGUAAUUUGUGUUCAUAGGAGAUUAGGUUUGUCACCCUUCCCUUCCUAUACAUCGAUUGCAUUUGGCUGCUAGCAUAUAUUCAUGGUGUUUUGGCCUUCCAGGAUUGAAUUCUUUUAUUCACCGUUUCUUUUGGGUGGUGACACUCAAAACUAUUUAUUUGUAAUAAAGAUGAAAACCUUGAAUUGUGGUCUAGUUGGGAAAUGAAACUUCAGGUGAUCAAACUUUGAUUCGUAAA